AUGGCCGAUGUAACAUAUGAAGUUUUCGAAUCGGCCGAUCAUUUAGACGAACGAUUUUCUCUCGAUGGUCGUACAAGCAUUGGAUAUCCAAUCGAGAAUAUGCGUGUCGAAAUUGUCGAGCCGGACGAAAGAGGUGUCGGCGAAUUAGUAGUCAAAGGCGAAGGUGUCGCCAAUGGUUAUCAUAAUGUUGAUCCAUCAAAUAUCCUACUAUCCAACAAAUUCAUUCGUGACAACGAUGGAAAAUUUCGAUUUCGCACUGGUGAUCUCGGUCGAAUUUGGAAUGGGCGAAUUAUUCUCUACGGUCGAAAUGACACUCAAAUCAAAAUUGCUGGUAAUCGAGUCGAUCUUAGCGAAAUAGAACUCAAACUCAAACAGUAUUGUCAAUGUCGACAACCAGUGGCUGUUCAUUCGUCCACAUAUGGUCAUAUUAUUGUCUUUUUAGAAGCAGAAGAAAAUCCUUUCAGUUUAAAUCAUGAAUUUUUGUCGAAAUAUCUUCCUUCGUAUGCGAUUCCCACACGAUUCGUGAAGAUUCCUCAUUUGCCAUUACUCGUCUCUGGUAAAAUCGAUCGACAACAGUUGAUCAAACUUGUCGAUGCUCAGUACACAUCGAUGCCACUCAAACAAGAAGUAAAAGAAGAAUCGAAUAUCAAACAAGCCUUCUAUUCGGCAUUGGCUGACAUUGGCAUUCCUCGAACUCACGUUGAUCGAAAUUUUUUAGCAGCCGGCGGCUCAUCGUUGACUGCUUUGACACUGAUAGCAAAGUUACAUCGUAUUGGAUUCCAAGAUCUCAAUGUCGAACGUCUGAUGUAUGCGACUUCGUUGAAAGAUAUUUUAAAUAAUCGAGCAGUCAUUGGACAACAGAAACAUUACGAUCCGUUUUCUCAAUGUGAAGGUCGUUACAAAUUCGUGCCACUGGAAAGUGUUGAUAAAUUUGAAGCUCAACGCAUUCUCAUUGAAUCUUUUGUGGAAUUGAACGAAAUCGAUGCACUUGUGCAUCACCAUCAAGCUGAUCUCAAACAACAGUGUAAACUUGAAUGGCUUGCCCUUCUUGAUGCAUUCUGGUCAUACUUUGUCACAGCUGGUCUUUCAUUCGGCAUUUAUGUCAACGAUGGACAACUCGUCGGCAUUUCUCUGUCGAAAGAUUUAGCCGAUCAGCCUCAUUUUGACAUGCCCGACAUGCCAUUACUUUCACCACUCUUUGCCGUAUUUGAAACAGAAAGAAAUAAACUCAUUGAAGACUUACGAUAUCGACAACUUCUACCCGAAUCGAUUAUGCACGGUUUCCUAACAGCUGUCAAUCCGAAUGUUAAACCUGAACAGCGAGUAACAAUCAUGUAUCUUCUGGAACGUCACGUCUUGCGUAUUGCAGCAACCAAACAAUUUCAAGCAGUUGUCACAGCUAAUGCGAGCCGUGUGACCCAACAACUAGCCGAACAAGUUUUUAAGUAUGAGUUCAAUCAAGUAGUACAUGUCAAUCAAUAUCGGGAUUCAACAGGAACUUUGGUAUUUCCACAUGCACAAGACCAUCAUACGGCAAUUAUCAGCAUGAAGUUACUCCAUGAUCAUUGA